AUUGGCGGAGUAUGCCAGCGACGAGGCCCGCGAUUUAUCGGCAGAACGCCAGCCAACUCGGACCCGCAGUUGGAAUCCCCGUUCUGCCCAGGGAAUGUAAAGCGGCUCUUGUUUCCCAGAUAUCGGGAUCGAGUUCCGCUGCAUAAAACUUGCGUAUCAUCGAUAAGCCUUAUCGAGACCGCAGUCACGGCCAGAGCCCCAGUAUCAGGGUAUCAGGCCGAGCGGAUCAUGGGACGCCGUGUCCUAUUCAGACUGCGAUUGCGAUCGUUCUGCGAAGCACCGCGCGAUGCGAUCGAGCUCGGGAGCACGUGGUGACGGCGGCAGAGGGAGAGAGAGAGAGAGGCGCUGCCUCCGAAUCGCGCAUGUGACCCGCGGCGCCAAUGGCCGCAGCCCGGAGCUUUGCGGCACGGAGUCACGUGCGUCUUCGAUGCCGGGGAGAAGAGUAGCCGAGGCGAGUUCCGCUCGCAUUUGGCACGAGGCAAGCGUCGGGGGCUGUACAGGAAUUGGCAGCAGUCUCUCGAGCUGAUGCGUUUAGACUGACCGAGCCAUGCCGCGGUGUGCCUGAGCUUCCUCGAUGGCAGACGUCUGCUGAGCUGGUCAUGGAAAGUCCCGCGAUGGCACCCGGCAUCCUGUCUUUAGAGGACCUCUCCCUGGACGCCCUGGGCGCGGACCUGGACUCCCUGUUUUCCAGCGACAGCUGCCUGGUCGCCGACGAGGUGAGCCCCGAGACCAGCAUGCAGCUUCCCGAGUUCGGCAUCUUUUCCGACGCCUACUACCCAAUGCUGUGCCACGAGCCGUGCGCCCAGACGCCCUGGUGCUCCGAACCGCAAGGGCGACCGGCGGGCUUCAGCCCAGACUCCGGCUACGAGGAUGCCUCCGUCGCGUCGUCACCGUCUCCCGUGCCCGAGGGUUGCCUCGAAGUGGACUGGUGCGAGGAACUCGCCGCCGACUGCCUCGACGACUUCGUGGUGCUCGGUGUGGGUCUCAAGACCCUCAUGUCUAGCUUUCGCGAGGACGACUCUUCCCCGUGUCCUACCGUGGUGUCCCCCAGUCCCGCGCCCGUGGCGUUGCCGGCUCCCCGCGGCCGGCCUUCGCAGAGCUGGACGCAGCAACAGCAGCAACCACGGGUUCGAGCUUCGGCCGUUGGCCGCAAGCCCAAGUCGAGCAUCCUCCUGGACUGCCACUCUCCCUCCACGGGUCCCAGGCGGCACGGCGGUGGCCGAGCUGCCACCGCCGCCUCCACCGCCGCAGCCGUGCCGGAAGAAGACAAGAUCUUCUGCUGCUCUUAUCCAGGCUGCACCAAAGUGUACUCAAAGAGCUCGCACCUCAAGGCGCACCUGCGACGGCACACGGGCGAGAAGCCGUUCGCCUGCCAGUGGCCCGGGUGUGGCUGGCGCUUCUCGCGGUCCGACGAGCUGGCCCGCCAUAAACGGUCCCACUCCGGCAUCAAGCCGUACCGCUGCCAGAUCUGCGACAAGCGCUUCUCGCGUUCCGACCACCUGGCCAAGCACCUCAAGGUGCAUCGCAGGGACAAGAUGGCCGGCCCACUGGGUACCAGGGCCAGAGUCCACCACGCUGCCUCCGUACGUGCCUGAAGACUGUGCGCCCCCCUACACCGAAUACUCGUCAAGACUUUUUUUCCGCGGCCAAGCCGCACAUUUGUUAACACAUUUUUUUCGCCUCCACCAUCCGUGCCUGUGGGUUACCCCGUCUUUCUUCCGGAGCGACUCGGCGUUCAACGUGUGCUCCCUUUGUAGAUUCAUGCUGACACAUCGGAACUGAAACUCGCUCGUUGUGCGGCGCCAUGUUGCAAUAAAGCACCAUUUCUUUGUCGUUGA